GCGGUUGUCAUUGUUGCCGCCUGCCAUGGCAUGUCGUACAGGCGGCUGCCUGAGGCCACGGCGAUGCUGAUCCCAAUUGAAAUCGAAGGAAAAUCCGCGGUUACGACGGCCGAUUUCUCGGCAUGACGUGGGUUCUGCCGGUCCAGACCUUUGCUGAUUUUUUCUGGCCGGCGAUCUUUCUUUUCGUUUCUUUUUACAGACAUUUCUGGGUUUCGUCCGAUAGAGAAAACUGCCCUUUUGGGAUCAUCCCUCUGCUGUCGCUAUUUUAUGUUAAUUUAUGCUCUGGUAAGAGAACCUAUGACUGCAUUCUAGUGAGGCAUUUACAGACAAGCGGUCUGGGCCUCACCGAUGGACGAUCACACGCUCUCGUUCUGUCCGGGGUCAUAGCAUUGGGUGCCGAGGUGGAGUUGCCAUGGCGUCAUGGCUUGGGCAUGGAACCGGUUUCCACGAUUGUCCUCUACAUCCAUGAGCAUAUGAUCUUCAUUUUCGUGCAGUCUAUUGAUGGUUCAACACACCGCACUGUUUAUAUAUCCAAAAAGCACUGAACGGCGCGGAGUGGACGGGAUUGGAGACCAAGCUCCUAACGCUAAAUGUCUAGUUUGGUUUCUCUUCUCUUCCUACGUCAGAAGUGUAGUUUCUCAGCAGUCAGUUUUGCUUAUCUACAAUUGUCGGAGCCAAAUAGCUGUCUCAGAUCGCAUGCGGGGCAUCAGAUGCGGCCCUCCCGCCCCCACCUCCCAAUCUGAUAGAGUGCUUAUUCUGUAUAGAGUGGUACGGAAUCAUCUUCCUCUAACGAAAAACCCAAAAGAUUCUAGCUAAAGAGACAUCAUAAUCACAACGCUA